CGGCUAAUCUUAGCCUUUGGGUCCCGUUCGGUUUGAGCGAGACGAGGGACUUACUUCUUACCGGGGAGUUUUACUGGCAUUGCUUCUCCCCGAUACAGGUCCGUCUAGCUGUUGCUCUCCACCUCUCUUUGUUUCAGCCUGAUUUUCCAGCGGAAGUGGAGGGUGAACCAAGCAUGGAUGGGCGUCGCAAAGACAAGGGAGUCGUCAUCAUUGAUGAUGAUGAGGCUGAGAGGCGAUACUCGGAGGACGCGCUCGGAGAUUAUCUUGCUAGUAUUGCAGUCGGAAACGCCCCGAUCGACCUUGAUUACUUUCUUAAUACCGAGUCCACCCCUCCUGAGACCGGAUCAAGUGAUGCCCCGGAGUUUGCUGAGGCGUUCAAGAUGGGUCUCGUUAAGAUGAACAAAGCUCUUAGCGCGAAGGCCCAGGAGGAUAGCAUGGCUAAGUUCAAAGCUGAGUCACAGGGUAAGGAGGUGGCCCGUCUGAAAGGCGAGAUUUAA